CGCAGGAGGUUAAUGUCCCUUAUAGGUGUAACCGUGCGGACACAAUGUUACGACAAAUUCAAAGAGGUUUAUUCUGAUUCUUACCAAGAUAUCCUGCUAAUGCACGAGGAGGCAUCGCUCCUUGGAUCUUCACCUCAAACGAUAGCCCAGCGUGGACAGGGCUUCCAAAAACAUUAUCGAAGAGUGAUACAGAUACUCGAGUCUGCCGCUGUUAAAUUUGGCUUUGAAGCGGCUGUCGUUCUCUGCGGCAAAGUGGUCAACGAAGAUGGCUCACUUGGCCACUCGUAUAAUACACCAGGCGCUGUAGGGUUCUGGGAGACACGAUGUCGCGCAAGCGAUGAUGCCAUUGUCGGGCAUCUCAAGGCGCAUGUAUAUAAUAGUACAUCUUUGAAUGCAGUGGAUGAUGCGUUCAACGAUGGCACUCGCAAUGACCCUUCGACCCCAAACUCGACUCCGAACCAUGAUCCCCAACUUGGGGGCAAGUGCGCCUGGGAUAAAAAUUUCCCUUGGAAGGGCAUGUCCAGCGCCCUUGCUGAUGCCAACCUCUGCAUCAGAGGCUAUCCUGCCCAUAAGUGCCUUUUGCCCGGUGAAGCUCACAAUGAAAACUCAAGGAACAAGGGCAUCGGAGCGCUGACGCAGAAGGAAAUUGCAGCGCUCGUAGAUGGGUUGAAGGCAGGAACUAUGCUAGUCGUCAAAAGGCCAGUCAUCACUGGCAUAGCGCCACCACCUGAAUGGUCACAUGAUGGCGCUCGACGGCUAUUUGCUAAU